AGGGAGAAGUGCUUGUCGCGCAGGUGAGGGUGUGCGCGUUUGUUUGUGUCUACUGGAGGUGGAGGAGAGGGGGGUGCAUUUUAUAUAUAAGCGACAUCGGCUGUCUCGGGCAGUUGUGCUCAGAGCGAGCGGCCAGGUGCUGUGCGCAACCCAGAGGGUACCUUGUGGGCUGAGUUAGGGGGUGCGCGCUUCACUGCUCUGCUCGCUCGAGGCAAAUCAGAAGAGGACGAGGAGGGUGCUCGUACUCGCGUCUCCCAUCACCAGCAGCGCCUCCUCGCUCGAUUCUCCCAAGUCCCAGCCACCCGCCACCUGCCCGCCGGGUCAAGAUGCUAUUUUGGCACACGCAGCCGGAGCACUAUCACCAGUACACGCCUCCCAACAGCUACCUGCGAGACGUGUUGGCGCUGCCCAUCUUCAAGCAGGAGGAGAGCAACAUGCCCAGCGAGCCGGACUCCAAGUCGCCGCCGCUCCAGUACGUGAUGUGCGCGGCCAGUUCGCCGGCCGUGAAGCUGCACGAAGAGACGCUCACCUACCUCAACCAGGGGCAGUCGUACGAAGUGCGAUUGCUGGACAACAGGAAGAUCGGGGAGCUGGCUGAGCUCAACGGGAAGCUCGUGAAGAGCAUCGUGCGCGUCGUGUUCCACGACCGGCGGCUGCAGUACACGGAGCACCAGCAGCUGGAGGGUUGGCGCUGGAAUCGCCCAGGAGACCGCAUUCUUGACAUUGACGUGCCGCUCUCCGUGGGGAUUGUGGACCCACGCACGAACCCCACUCAGCUCAACACCGUCGAGUUCCUCUGGGACCCGACCAAGCGCUCCUCUGCCUUCAUCCAGGUGAACUGCAUCAGCACGGAGUUCACGCCGCGCAAGCAUGGCGGUGAGAAGGGGGUGCCCUUCCGAAUCCAGUUCGAUACAUUCAAGCAGGACGAGAGUGGGGAAUACACAGAGCACCUGCACUCCGCCAGCUGCCAGGUCAAGGUCUUCAAGCCAAAGGGAGCCGACCGGAAACAGAAAACAGACCGGGAAAAGAUGGAGAAGAGAACUCCACUCGAAAAAGAAAAAUACCAGCCUUCGUUCGAGACCACCAUUCUGACAGAGUGCUCCCCGUGGCCCGACAACUCGUGCCUCAGUAACAGUCCCCCUGCAACGCCCAGCUUCUGCUCCAGCCAACAGAGCUACAGCCUGUCCGAAACCUCUGGAAACUGCUCGUCGUCGUCACCCAUUCACCAGGGAGAUGGGCUGCUGCCGUUGCCCGCAGGAGAGCAACUCAUUCCAUCGGCCACCAUUCAAGAGACCCAGCAAUGGCUGCACAAGAACCGGUUUGCCAAGUUCUCUCGCCUCUUCAACAACUUUGCCGGUGCCGACCUGCUAAAGCUGUCAAGGGACGACCUCAUUCAGAUCUGCGGCCCUGCUGACGGAAUUCGGCUCCACAACGCCCUCAAAGCGAGGUCUGUGCGGCCACGGUUGACGAUCUACGUUUGUCAGGAGUCUCAGCAAGCAGUGUACCAUGCCAUAUACCUGGAGGAGCUCAAUAGCCUGGAACUGACGGACAAAAUUGCCACUCUCUUCACCAUGGUGCCCCACCUCAUCAGCAGCGUGUAUCGGCAGGGACCCACGGGGAUCCACGUCCUGGUUAGCAAUCAGAUGAUUCAAAAUUUCCAAGAUGAGACCUGCUUUGCAAUCGACAUGGUAAAAGAUGAAAACAGUGACUGCUACCACGUCAUUUUAAAAUGAAGCUAUCGUCCAAGGACAACAUCAGAAUAUAAUAUAUACGUCAUGCUUCUCAUGCCUAAAACAAGAAAAAUCUAGGUUGACUGUUAACAUGCCAGAGAUGCUAAGAGUCUCUUGGUGUGUGUGUCUUGGUGAGAGGUUGCUAGGGUUAGAGCGUGAAAGAUGGAGAAAUUUAAACCUGGGAGAUGUCUUCGGUUCCAGCCUGCAGCAAGGACGAUGCUAAGCAGAGAGGAGCUAGUAAUUCCGGUCACUUUUACAUUCCUUCGGAUCCCAUUACCUCCGACAGACCAAUAUGCAUAUGCGCAAGCUUGUGUUGCCACAAGCGCCAGCUUCGGGUAGAGGAAUGCCGUCCUUUCCAGUUUAAUAAACACGUGCGGGACACAAAAUAAAGAUUGCUUUGUUGUUUGAGGACAGUAAUUCUUUUCAGCAACCUACAUGUUCAACCUCUCGGCCUCCUUUCGUUUUAGAUCAUGGGCUCCACCUAGCACUGCGUCUGUUAAUUUCAGCAAUUCCACAUAUGUUGGAUGAGUUGAGGAGGUGACGUUAGUCUGUGUAUAAAGAGAUACCGUAAAUAAUUAUAGCAUUCAAGUUGCUGCAGCAACAUUGGCCACAACGGUCAAGUACAUAUUCCAACUCCUGCGUCGAACAAACCAAAGCAGUGACGGCAUGGGCCCUGACGCAAGAAAUGAAAUGAGGCCCCCCUGUCCAAUUUCGCCCUUCUACAUAGCCCAGUGCUUGGGGCUGUCCGGGUCGUGGAACCCGACGCAGUUGCACCACCUGCACACUCAAUAGCUAUGCCACUGAGCCAGGAACAUUGUGAGUACCGUGCGUGUCUAGGUGUUGACUGCAUGUGAUGCACACUUUGCUCUUACACUACUUGGUAUCCAGUCGCACUGCAUUGCCAUCGCAGGGAGAGAAAUGUCGUUGUGGGCACACAUGGUCUGAAACACCAAGUGAGAUAUAUAAAAAUAUGUAUACACACCCAGGAUCUGCCUGUCUUUGCCAUUACAAGUGACUGUUUUCUUGUUUGUUUUGUUCCACAAGUGUUAACCAUUCAAUGAUAACUACGUUGGUGUAAUUUACAGUUUUGAAUACUGAUUACGGAGUAGCAAUUCAUAAAGAAAAAAAAAUAACUUGAAGUAAAUUAGAGCAUUUCACAAAAGCAUUGUGACCCAGAUUUUCAAGAGGUUUCCUUUUUUUUGUAGCUGUUGAGAAAAUGUGUUUUUGAGACCUUGUGAAGGCAGUCGUACCCCAACUCCCCUCUGCCGUAUUGCACACACGUGUUUUAUACUCUUGUUACAUUUAUGCUCCGUUUCUCUUUUGUAAAAAAGCACACGUUUGUAAAUAUGUUUUUUUCUAUUACCAUAUGUAUUUUUGUAUAAAGUUGAGAUUUAGCACAUGGGGUUGGGGGGAAGCUUUGCAAACUGCAGUUCUCUGAUGCGUCAUGUGUAUGCUUUAUGUGCAGUGUUUCAUAUGAAACUGGAUGUCCAUUGUGGAAAUGUAUCUUUUUUAAAGUUUUUUUUUUAUUACAUAAAGGGCUUAAUUUCUCACUGAAUAUUUUUUCGGUCACUGGUGGGCUGGAGUAGGAGGUAUGCAACGAGUAGCCACAACCAAAGUGAGAGGCAUACUGGAUGUGGCGUGCCUUGUACGAAGACAUUUUCUUGGUCUCUGACUUGGGCAGACGCCACAGUUGAAAUUAAGCCCUGAGGACACCACUUUUCUUGCUUUAUGUUUUCACUUUGCUGCCUUGAAUGCCAAUCUUCUUGGCGGUUGUUGACUACAAAUAUUUUUUUACACUUCAUUAUUGAUUUUGGGCCAAAUCGCUUGAGUCAAAUGUGUGUUGUACACCCGACACGGUGAAUGUAAUAAAGCAACCAGUGUGUCGGAGAGCAAUCCCACAAAUUAAACACAUUGGGUGUGGCGUUUUUCUGAUAGUUGCAACCAGCAUCGUCAGGAAGUUGCCAGCAAUUUUGAGGAGGAUUUACGAUACACAUUUGGCUUGCGUGAUGUAACCCAAACAUAAAUUACGAAUCAAAUUGGUUGCAAAAGCCUACGUGUUUAAAUUGAACUUUCACGCUUAAUUGUACAAAUGAAGGCAUGCUUGUUUCUGCAUUAAUUUGUUAAUGUUGUUAGCAGUUGGUAUGUUUUGUAUGUUAAUCUUUUCACGUCUACUCAUGUACGCAAUUACAUUUUUAAAGAAAUAUAAACAUUUUGUAACGAUACAAAUUCUUUGAAUAUUUUUGUUCUUUUCUAGAAUUAUCUCUUUCUAAUGUUCCACGUGGUUCACGACUGUUGUAUCACGUGCUGUAUCACGUGUGCCAUCGGUGCAUUUGUCCGUUGCUCGUUGUCUCAUGCCACUUUUUUUGUCUGUCAAUUGCAAGUUUUAAUUGUAUGCCAAACUCACUGUGAGAGGGCCUGCUUUCAUUGCAUGUGCCCACUGAGCCUCUUGUUGUGAACACUGUGCUGAAAUAAACCUAUGUGCCUUUAUAAAAAAAACAAGAAUAAAUGCACUCUUUUCCUUACAAAAUUGAGCACUGCAAUAUUAUGGUCUGUCAAACAACAUCUCUACACCGAUGCAAUUUUUGGACAGAGAUAUAAUGCAGUUUGUGCAGGUUUUAUGGAAUUGUUAAGGUAAGAAUUAAAAGCUUAUCUUGGGUAGUGAGG